UCAUAAUUUUUUGAAUAAGACAAAUGGUCAAAUAUUACAAACAAAAAAGUCAAAAUCUUACAUUAUGAAACGGAUAGAGUAGUUUUAUUCGGAGACAUACGUAGGUUCUAUAUUCGUAGGUAGUGCUAGUGUUCUUGUUAGCUAUGAGAGAGAGAGAGAGAGAGAGAGAGAGAGAUUGUAUAUCCGUAGGUAGUGGUGCUAAUGUUCUAAGCUGCAGGGGAAGUUAGUUAAGGGAGACUAUAGAUUGUUAGAUAGUGGUGCUAGUGUUCGUAGUAUCUAUUGACCUGUGUUUCAUCGUACCUUGAACAAUACAGUAAAACACUACGUUCUCAAUUUCUUUCUCUGUUUCUAGUCUUUGGGUCUUGGUUUUUAGGCCAGAUUCUACUGUGUAGAUUGCUUUCUUAUGUGUUAUUGGACAAUUUGCUUUGCUUUGGUGUUUCAUCAAACAUGGGACAACAGUUUCAAUGGAAUCGCGGUUCUCAAGGAAAUAAAGCUCACAUAUGUCCAUCUUUUGAAGCACAGGAACCUAACAGCAAGUUAAAAUUUAUUCCCCAGUAGUCCCAUUGCCUUCUAAAUUGUUUGAUUUUUUAUGCGCAUUUCACCUAGAAGAAGUACCCAAUCCAGCUGUUAGCAUUGGUGUUGAUUCAAGAGGAAAUACAGCUGUUAACAUUGGUGUUGAUUCAAGAGCAAAUACUAAGUAGGAAGAAAGGUAUAAGUAACUGCAGGAAGAAAGAUGUCACUAGAGUCUCUGAGGAAACCAAAAAACCAUCUGGGAAGAAAAGAUAAGAAUGAAGUGCAGAAGAAGCAAAGCUUUGAUCCUCAUAUAUUUUUUCUUACCUCCCUCUGCAUUUGGAGUAAUGCAUUGCUUUGUGCACUACUUAUAGAGGAUUCGUACAGCAACCUGGCUUAAAGUUUGAAGGUGAAGAGAAAAUUUGAAAAAGGAUGUCUAUCCCACAAGUGGACAACAGAAUGCUUGGUGAACUUGAAGUUAUGGGAUUCCCUGCCGUCCGUUCAAUUAGGGCACUCCAUUUUUCUGGUAAUUCCAAUAUUGAAUCUGCAAUAAACUGGCUUCUGGAACAUGAAAAUGAUCCAGACAUUGAUCAGCUACCAUUGAUUCCAAGAGAAAUCAACAUUGAAUGUGGUGAUACACCAAAUGAAGCGAGAAAUGACAUUCAAGGAAUGAGGGCUAAUGCCCAGGAGAGGAAACCAGAAGAGUCAACAGCAGCUGGAAGACAGAAGGAGACAUCACAGGUAGAAAGGGAACAUGAUGUAGAUCAAAACGAGGAUGAAGUCAGAAGGAGGAUCAUAGAAUUGUACAAGUCAAAACAGGAUGGUCAAGAAAGAGAAAGAGGUAGAAUCCGGAAUCAAUUAGAAGAGGAUAAGAGGGAGAGGAUUCGAACUGCUAAAGAACUUAUGGAAGCAAAGAGGACUCUUGAAGAAAAUCAAAGAAAACGUUUGAUGGAGAGUCGAAAAGGAGAUCAAGAGGAGGAGAAAAGAGCAAGAGAGAGAAUCCGGCAGCGCAUUGAAGACGAUAAGGCAGAAAGAAGGCGAAGACUUGGUUUGCCACUGGAAAACCCAGCAGCUUCAGUCCCAACCAUAACUCCAACGAAGAUGAAACCUGUUGAACCUGGUGUGUCAUCAGAACAACUGAGAGACUGCCUACGAAAUCUCAAGAAGAAUUACAAGGAUGACACUGCUAAAGUCACAAGAGCAUUCCAAAUACUGCUGAAGAUAAUUGCCAACAUAAUGAAGAACCCAGAAGAGGAGAAGUUCAGGAGGAUUCGGCUAAACAAUCCUGUUUUCAAGGAAAGGGUGGGCAGUCUGCAAGGAGGUGUAGAAUUUCUGGAGUUGUGCGGAUUCAUGAAGCUCACAAUCAGCGGCUACUUGGUGAUGCCGAGGGAUAAGAUCAACAUGGCACUUCUCAAUGCUGCUGGAGUUGAUGUGGCAUCUGCCAUCGAAAACCCCUACUUUGGGCUACUCUCCAAGUGAAUGGGAAGAUCACUUCAGCUACUUCAUCAUGAGGAGGCAGCUGCUGCUCCUCUACAUAGUACAACCCUACUAGUGAUCAGUGAAUGGCCGUCUCUACAAAUGGGUCCAUCACAGCUGCUAGAAUCUGUUUUCUGUCGCUCAAAUCCCUGUACAAAAGCUUUCGGUUAAUUUGAAACGGCAGAUCUAACUAACAUCUGGGAAAACAACUGAUGCUUCCCAAGUUGUAAUACUUGCAGUGUGUAUUUUCGAAAAUCAAAAUACAUGCCACAGCUGCAAUGCUGAAAAAUCUGAUAUGUACA